UCCCUGUGUGUUUCUGGGGUCCCUGGGGGGGGUCCCUGUGUGUUUUGGGGGGUCCCAGCCCCUGUGCCCCCCCAGGCGCGCUGGCGCAGCCCCGAGCUGGAGGCGCAGGUGGCCGCCAUGCUGGAGCUGGUCCGGGCCGUGCGGGGGCUGCGCGAGACCUUCCGGCUCGGGGGGGCCGCCCGCCCCCCAGUGCUGGUGCAGUGCCCAGACCUGGCUCAUGAUUGGCUGCAGCAGCUCGGCCCCGCCUUCCAGACGCUCUCAGGGGCGGGGCCUGUGCAGCUCCUCCCCCCGGGGGAGGAGCCGGGGCCGGGCUGGGCGGGGGCUCCCGCGGGGUCCGGAAGCUUCGUGCACCUGCGCAUCCAGGCCGCCGAGGAGCGAGCGGGGCUGGAGACCCCCGGGGACCCCCCCAGGGACCCCCAGCUCAGGGGGGGCGGGGAUUUUAAAUAAAUAAAAUAGAAUUUAUUUAUGAAAUAAAUAAAGUGUAUAAAAUUAAA